AUGUCGCAUCAUACAAGAUCACCAAUAGAAUCAACACCUAUUGCUGAAAGUGGACCAUCAGCAUCUGUUGGUGAACAUCCAAAUGCAAUUACUAAUCGGUUCUAUACGUAUGAACGUGUUCAAGACAUUGUUAGUUUUAUACAAAAUAUAGUACCAACUAAACCAGAAAUAGCUAUUAUAUGUGGUUCAGGUCUCGGCGGUUUAGCUGAAUUAAUUACCGAUAAAAUAGUUAUACCUUAUGUUGAUAUUCCACAUUUUCCAAGAUCAACAGUUGUUGGUCAUCGAAGUAAUCUUGUAUUUGGUGUAUUAAAUGGACUUUAUGUUGUCUGUAUGCAAGGUCGAUUUCAUCCUUACGAAGGAUAUACUACAGCAACGUGUGCUUUUCCAGUGCGAGUAAUGCGUAUGCUCGGUGCACAUACACUUAUUGUAACAUGUGCUGCUGGUGGUGUUAAUAAAGGAUAUAGUGUUGGCGAUAUUAUGUUAAUUAAAGAUCAUUUAAAUUUUCCUAAUCUCGCUGGUAAUAAUCCACUUAUUGGACAUAAUGAUGAACGAUUUGGACCACGUUUUCCACCUGUUGGUCAUGCAUAUGAUCGUCAAUAUUUAUCAAAAAUGAAACAAAUAGCGUCAAAACAUAGUGUUGAAUUACGUGAAGGAGUCUAUUGUGGAUUAGGUGGUCCAUGUUAUGAAACUAUAGCUGAAAUUAAUAUGCUUCGAUUACUUGGUGGUGAUGCUGUUGGUAUGUCAACAGUUCAUGAAGUAACAUUAGCUGCUCACUGUGGUUUUCGUACACUUGGCCUUGCAUUAAUAACUAAUAAAUGUUUAUGGGAUUAUGAUACAACAUAUGAACCUGUUCAUGAAGAUGUAAUUCGUAUAAGUGAACUCAAAGCAAAUGAAUUACAACAACUUAUUUAUGAUUUUAUUGGUUCUGUUAAACAAAAUCCUACAUAA